CCUUGUGCACACAUGGUCCCACGCGUGUACAACGAUGGCGAAGGUGGGUGACAGCGACACGUUGGAAAGGUGUUUACAGCGUUUAAGUAACAACACAGCGCACCCUGAGCGGUUUUUAAGUGUACAGGAGGCCUUGGCAGAGGAGUUCACGGCACUUACAAAGACACUGUACGAUUUGCACAAGGCUACUAAGUUGGUUGCCUGUGAGGGCAGUCCACUCGACCAGCUCGUGGUGGAGAACUUUGACGAGGAACAGAUAUGGCAAGAGCUCGAGCUUCAGAACGUUGCCGUGCUCACUCACUUUGAGGAGGCAGUAGGUCGGGCAGUCACAGAAGACACAUUGACUGUUUUUAAAGACACAGAAUGUGAAGAGGGAGGUGGUGAUGAGAAAGAUGUUGAUGACGAUGAGGAUUUUGAAAAUGAAGAGGAAGAUGACAAUGGUAAAGAAAGAAAACACAGACUUAAGUCCAAGGCUUCUGCGGCGGAGGAACAGGAGGACUGCUCUAAUGAGGACUUCUCUAAUGAGGACUCGGACGUUGAUUUUGAUGUUGAUGAAUUAGAGAAACAAGCCAAACAUAUGAAGAACAUAACAGCUAAGUUACCUAAAUCUGGGACAGCUGUAUCAGAAGUAGAUGAUGAUUUUUUUAAACUAUCAGAAAUGGAGGCUUUUCUGGAUGAUAUGGACAGGAUGGAGGGGAAAGGGGCUGUUGGUGAGGAAGUAGACUAUUUUCAGGACUUACCAUCAGAUGAGGAUGAGGAACUGACCUUUGAUAAGCCUGCUGUGUCAAAGUCUCAGAAAAAGCCAAAAAGCUCCAGAAAUCUGAAAUACAAAGAUUUCUUUAAGGAUGACGGACCCGUCGACCAACAUGAGCCAGAUGAGAGAGAUGAAUCGACGGGUGACGAUGAGGAAGGGGAUGAUGAUGACGACUAUGAGGAUGAAAAGGGCAUGGAUGAAGAGGAUUUCAGUAUGGAGGAGGGUGAUGAUGAAACCCAGAAAGCCAGAGAUACUUUGCGGAAGGUGACCUUUGACCUCCCCAGUGACAAUGAAGGGGAAGAUGUGGAGGAUAUUCUGGGUGGGAAGCAAAAAAAGAUGGCUAAUCCAGGGUCCAAGUCAUCCUUUGAGAAAAGACAGGAAAAGAUGGCGGAGAAGAUCGAUAAACUGGAGAAGGCUGCGUUAGCCGAGAAACCCUGGCAGCUGAGCGGGGAAAUCGCGGUGCAGUCUCGACCGGAGAACAGUAUGCUGGAGGAGGACCUGGCGUUUGACCAGGCCUCCAGGAUGGCUCCUGCCGUCACAGAGGAGACCACUCUGCACCUUGAGGAUAUUAUCAAACAGAGAAUUAAAGACCAGGCCUGGGAUGAUGUCGUGAGGAAGGAGAAGCCCAAGGAGGAUGUGUUCGAGUAUAAGAAGAGACUCACUCUGGACCACGAGAAGAGCAAGCUGAGCCUCGCUGAGGUCUAUGAGCAGGAAUACCUCAAGCAGACACAGGAAAAGACAGAAGAAGAAGAAGAGAAUCCAGCUCAUACAGAAAUCCAGAAGCUCCUAGACUCCCUCUUCCUCAAGCUGGACGCUCUUUCCAACUUCCACUUUACUCCCAAACCACACAUUCCUGAAGUGAAGGUGGUCUCCAACCUGCCCUCCAUCGCCAUGGAGGAGGUGGCGCCCGUAGGUACCAGCGACGCCACUCUUUUGGCUCCAGAGGAAAUUAAGGAGAAGAACAAGGCUGGCGACAUCCUGGGCAACUCUGAGAAAUUGUCCACAGAUAAGAAACGCGAGAGGCGCUUGAAGAAGAAAGUGAAGCAGCGGAGAAUUAAAGAGCGGGAGAAGAGGAAGAAGCUGAAAGAAGCAGCACGCGGAGGUGAAGGGAACAAGAGAACGUCCAAGGCCGAAGCUGAAGAGACCCUCCGGAAACUGACUAAAGGCGGGAAAGCCAAAAUCCUCACGAACGACGGGAUGGACAAAGCGCUCCGCUCCUCCCAGGCUUUCUUCUCCCAACUGCAGGACCAAGUGAGGAGCGAGAUCAAGGGCUCCAAGGGGCAGGCGGCCAAGAAGAAACACAAAGAGGUUUCUGCCAGCAAGCUUAAGCUGUAGACUUCUAAAUGUGUCCUACAUAUCAUGUACAGGAUUUCUUUAAAAGACAGUGAAUGCGUGUACUUAGUCUAGUUAUUUGUAUUAAAUUUAAUUCUAUUGGCAUUAUUAAAAGAAGUCACCACCGGUUUAUUCACAGUGCAUUUUGCAUAAUUCUACCCUAAAUUUGAAAAUAAUCAGAAGGUGUGACCCCAUAUGUAUGACUUGUUUAUAGUCUGUUCUAAUACUCCCGGUAGAGCCCAACAUUGCGUCUGUUAGAGGGCCUUCUAUGCCCUGCGCAGGCAUGUUCAAGCAGGGGACCGUACGGCCAUGCUGGUGAACACCGGUGUAAUAUUGUAGCAGUGCUUCUUGUUUCCAGUGGUGGAGAACCUCUGCUCUAAGACACUUCACACAAGUUAUGAAGUCCAGCCAAUGAUAGUCCCCUUUAUGAAUUUUUGUUCAGGUGUUUAUUGCAGCACACACACCAGUUGAACAUGGUGCUAAGGACUGUGAUAUGGAAACACUAGAGUAUGUUGUUGCAUUAAUUGGUCACAAGUGGGUGCUAGGGAGUCAACUGACACUAGCAUACAGCCUCCAGUUUCACAUCUAACAUGUAAUGUGCACAUUUUAAGUGACCUGCGUGUACACACCCACCCACAUAUACCAGACACACCAGCGUCUUGUCAAUCCUUAAUUUAUUCACAAGAAAUAUACAUUAGAAGCAUCACACCUUGCAUAGUGGCUCAAAGGCAGGUGCCAGUCCAGUUGAAACAGCCCUAAAGGACUUCAAUCGCAGCCCUUCAGGCGUACAGGGUCCUGUUAGGUGAGCCUGAAAGGCCAGCUGUUGCAUCUCAGCUGGCGAUGCACA